GAGCACGAAGUGCAGCGCAACAGAUAAAGAGGCUGUGCCACCUCACGUCAGCAUGCUCAGGCUGAGCUGGAGUGCAAAUCAAUCUUGUCACACUCUCCAGAACUGUAGCAGUCAGCACGAUCGCAUCUUUUCUUUCUCAGCAUCUCGAGAUUGUCUUGUCUUGUGCGCACUAUGUUGCACUCCAAAGCAUACCUUAGUGUUGCGGUCCUGCUGGCGCAUAUUGCGCGGGCUACACUCAAUACUAAUUGUUUCCGGAUGUCAGAUGGGCGGAUUACGGAAAACGUUGGAGCUAUCCCCUGCGGCGUUGUGACUGCAGAUUCGCCCAACGUGCCGUGUUGCAAUGCGGGGAGUUUCUGUCUGGCAGAUAGUAUUUGCCUGAAUCCAGGCACUCCGAAUUCUGGCUUUUCAGGUUAUUAUACCGGUGGCUGCACUGACCUAACCUACGACGACCAAUCCUGUAAUCCAUACUGCCGAAGCGUUCCUCGAGCUGAUAUCGUAUACAAUAACGGAACGAAGCUUUGGUCCUGCUGUGGUACAGAAUCAGAUAAUACGACUGUUAAUUGCAACGAUCCCACUACUAUAAUCUUCUCCGACCCCGCCCCCACUGCCCUAUCCACGACUUUCUCCGUUGGAAGCACAGCUGGGACUUCCAUUCCCUCCUCCACCUCCUCUGUAACUACGACAUCCAUAUCAUCAUCUUCUGCCACAACACCGUCAGGAUCACCCUCACAAACUGGUACUGGUUCUCCUCAGCCAUCGAGUGGCUUGAGCACGGGGGCGAAAGCGGGGAUCGGGGUCGGCGCUGCCAUUAUAGGGAUCGCGGUGCUGGUAGGAGUAUUUGUUCUUUAUAGGAGACGAAAGAGAAGCUCGAUGCAGCCGCCAAGCUAUAAUCGAAAGACAGCGCCAGCAGAGCUCGGAGCAGUACCCGAAGCAAAGAGAGCAGAACUGAAUACAGAACGGCCUAUACAGGAGCUAGCGUGAGAAGUUGGAAAUUUUGAUUGUUUCUACUCGUUCGGCCGGGCUCACCUGGUUCUCGCUUAGCACGCUUACCAGGUGAGAGAGGGCAAUACGCAAAAACCAGCAAUACGCAAAAACCAGCAAUACGCAAAUC